AUGACGAACUUGCAAAGCCUUCUGAGCCUAGAUAUCACCGACGCGACCGACUUCCCGGACGCCUCAGUCAUCCCCGGUCUGCGACAGUUCGACGACGCAGUCCGAUGCAGCAUAUGCAGAGACUUCUACGACGCGCCCGUCACUCUCAACUGCGGGCACUGUUUCUGCUCUGCGGUGCACGCCCACACCGCCCCUCUCCGUGGACAGUGCAUCCGUGCCGCCCUCUCGGAGCAGGCAACCUGUCCGUCAUGUCGCAAGCCCGGGUCGGAGAUGCAUUUGCGCAAGGAUGUGGCGAUGGGGAAUGCGAUUGACGCCUGGAAACUGGCGCGUGCAUCGCCGGAGCUCGACGAAGCAUCCGAACCUCUACCAAAGGUCGCGUACGAUAUUCACCCGCAAAAGCGUAUUGUGGAGAUGCUGGCGGAGUGGAGUCUUUCUACGCAUGGCAGCAAGGACGCCCUGGUGAGGCGCCACAAACGAUGGGUCAUCAUGUACAACGCGAACCUCGACCGCUUGCCCGCCGCACGUCACUCGUUAGAUCGAUUGCGGGAUGAGCUACGCAAGCAAGAAGACGCGGAGACCAGGACAUGGAGGGAAACAGUCGAGGAUCCGUCGCGUAUCACAAGCGAAUAG